AUGAGGGCGUUCAACAGAUUUUUCUCAGCAGGAGGGGAUGGUGGCGGUCUGUUUAGCAAAGCAAAAGCAGCAGCGCUGGGUGCGAAGCACGCAGCGAAACACGGGCUGGCUUCAGUGACUGAAGAGGCAACGAACAUUGGGAAACAGAUGGCAAACCCUGUCGCGACUGUGAAAGAUAAAGCAAAAGGAAUUGGUGUUCUUGUGAGUGACUCUGCAGAAGCACUAGGUGACAAAGCCAAGCAGGUCCUAGAAGACGUUGGUAUGAAGCAAAAAGAGGCUCCUCUUGAAGAUGAUAGCGCUAGCACCAGAGACACUGUGAACCGUGCUGGAAAGACGCUGAAAGACACUACUAAGGCUGGCGAGGGUGCGAGCAAUGCUGAAUCAUCUGUGGGCAAUGCACGGCGAAAAGACGAUGAAUUCAAGGCUGUCGGUGAAGAGGCGAUCAUGUAUGGUCGGGAGCUCACAGGCCAGUCUCCUAAAGAAGCCGGGGAAGACGCCGCAAGGGUGGCUAGAACGCAAGGAGUGGACAAAGCAGUUGAAAUGGGGAAGAGGAAGAAUGAUUGA